AUGGCAAUUCUUCCUCCUCCCACUGGCGAGCACAUCGCUCCGCCAGAAGCGUCCUCCUUCUUCAAGGAAGGCUACGGCUACGUCGACUUGUUGCACAAGUACCUCCCCUUCCCAGGCACGUUAUCCGACAGAGCGGUCCCCGUGCCAGGCUCCCAGAAGGGCGACCUGUCAGCCAUCUACAGAAACGCCCUCAGUCCCGGGGGCGUCAAGGACUCCUUGUUUCCCAGCGUGCGGACGCUUCCACAGUUGUUUGACAACGCUGUGAAGCACUUUGGCGAUAAUUCCGUAUUCACGUUCAGAGAACACGACUACGUCAACAACACCCCCACCGAGAACAAGGUCAGCUUGUCCUACAAGCAGGUGGACGGGUUGAUCAACGACUACGGUGCUGGAUUGUUGUAUUUGCUCGAAGUCAACCCGUUCAAGAACGCUGCAAAGUUUGCAAGUCACGCCAAAAUUGACGCCCACGAACUGGCCUACAAGAGCUACGACAAGGACAACUUCUCGUUUGUCUUGACCAUCUACUCCGCCAACAGACACGAGUGGGUGUUGACCGACCUCGUCAGCAGCGCGUACUCCAUCACCAACACCGCGUUGUACGACACCUUGGGAGCACUGACGUCCGAAUUCAUCUUGGAACUGACCGAGUCGCCAGUCGUGGCACUUUCCAAGAACCACAUCGUCGACAUCCUCGACUUGAAGGCCCAGAACCCUGAACAGUUGGGUGCGUUGGUGUUGAUGAUCUCGUUCGACCCAUUGACGCCCCAGGACUCUGAAUUGGUGGCCAGAGCACGCAGUGAGAACAUCGUGUUGGUGUCCAUGGACCAGGUGAUCAAGACGGGUCAGGUGUUCCCCAAGGAACGUUUGUUGCCCUCGCCAGACACCUUGUACACCAUCAGUUUCACCUCGGGAACCACAGGCUCCAAGCCAAAGGGAGUUAUGUUGCAGCAGAGAGCUGCGAUUUCUGCCGUCAGUUUGGUAUUGGUGGGGUCAGGAUACGAGGCCAAGAGCAACUUCUGCUUCUUGCCGUUAGCCCACAUCUACGAACGUCAAAUGACGUUAUCUGGAAUGACCUACGGCUCCACCAUCAACUUCCCCCAAUUGAACGGGUCGCCAUUGACCUUGGUCGAAGACUUGAAGUUCUUCAAGCCUGAGGCCCUCAGUAACGUCCCUAGAGUGUACACCAAGUUCGAAGCAGCCCUCAAGGCUGCCACCGUCGACUCCAACUCCUCCAUCGCCAAAGCCAUUUUCGGCAAGGCCAUUGCCACGAAGCAGGAACUUCAAGAAAGAAGCGAUGGCGACAAGGGCUCCCACUUCUUGUACGACCGCUUGCUCUUCCCUAAGUUGAAGGCGGCCUUGGGGCUCGACAACACCCAGUUCUUGGUUACUGGUUCGGCCCCCAUCAGUGUGUCCACCAUCAAGUUCUUGAGAGCUGCGUUGAACGUGGGAUUUGCUCAGGGUUACGGGUUAACUGAAUCGUUUGCAGGAAUGAGUCUUUCCAACAAGUACGAGGCCCAGCCUGGUACUUGUGGUGCUCCAUGCAUUGGAUGUGAAAUCAAAGUUCAACAAUUGCCUGAAAUGGGCUAUGGUAUCAACGACGAGGGUGGCCCAAGAGGUGAACUCUUGUUGAGAGGCCCCCAGAUGUUCACUGGUUACUUCAAGAACGAGGAAGAAACCAAGAAGACCAUCGAUGACGAGGGUUGGUUCCAUACUGGAGAUGUUGCCCAGAUUGUCGCUAGCACUGGUCAAAUCAAGAUUAUUGAUAGAGUCAAGAACUUCUUCAAGUUGAGUCAAGGUGAGUACGUCACCCCAGAAAAGAUUGAAAACACCUACAUGUCAACCGACCCAAUCAUUUCCCAAUGUUUCGUCCACGGAAACUCUACCAAGAGUUUCUUGGUCGGUAUUGUCGGUAUCGAUGUGCCAUUGGCCACUAAGUUUUUGCUCAAGCAAGGUGUCGCCAAAUCUUCGAUUGAAAGCCCCGAAGGUCUUUUGAAGGAAAUCAACAAGCCUGCUCAUAAGAAAGCGUUGUUGACCCAAAUCAACGGAAACAUCAAGAACAAGUUGUUAGGUUUUGAGAAGUUACACAAUAUCUACCUUGAAGUCGAGCCUUUGACCGGCGAAAGAAACUUGAUCACCCCAACCGUGAAGAUCAAGAGACCAAUUGCCGCGAAGUUCUUCAAGGAGCAAAUUGACAACAUGUACGAAGUAGAAGGUUCGUUGAUCAAUAGCUCCAAAUUAUGA